AUUAAUGUAGGUUAUUUUGUUGCUUGUUACCGACUAAGUUCAUUGUAACGUUCACUCACAAUAUUGCAUAUUAUGUCACAAUAUGGCGGCUUUGACCGGAAGAAGGGAAAACGUACUUUAAACGCAUUUAAACGCAGCAAGUAAGCAAUGCAUGCAAACAAACAAACGAGGAAUAACACUCAUACACCACAAUUAGAUCCUCAGGUCGCAUACUUUGGAAUUGGAAGAUAAAUAAUUAUUCAGUCUAAAGAAAUAAGAAGUAAAAUGUGUAAAGAAAAUAACAGGGGUCCUCAAAUGACCACACUACAUAUGAUAAAACCUACUAAAGCUUGCUGGAGCAAGCCAUUGACUCGGUCACAGCGUAAACUGGUGACUCAAGCUCUUUCAGUUUGUUCGACUGCAUGUGGCGCUGCAAGAACCGACAGGCGGAUGACGUCAAAGCACUGCACGAAGUUGAACAACCCGUCUCUUCCUUGUGUCCUCCUCAGUGACACACCCUUGAAAAUACAGCAGGGUUCCCCAAAUCUUAGCCUGGAGGGCCGGAGCACUGCAGAGUUUAGCUCCUACCCUGAUCAAACACACCUGAGCAAGCUAAUCAAGGUCUUCAUGAUCACUAGAAAAUCACAGGUAGGUGUGGUGAACUGGAAAGCAUUUAAUGAGAACUACAGAACCCUGUACACGAUUCCUUACUCAAUAUCCAGAUGCCUCCAGUGUGACACCUUGUACAAGAAUCAUGGAGCAGGCUACAGAGGUAGAGGACAAAGAUGCGUGUUGCAGGGUUUUAGUCCUGUGAUGACUGCGAGGGAUUUUGUGGAAUCGACACAUCGUUUUUAUGAGGCUGGAGGAAAAGUAAUCUAAUUUGAAACUAUGGGGGUGGUUUCCCAGACAGGGAUUAUCUUAAAGCAGGACUAGACCUUAGCUUAAUUAGAAAUUAUAACUAGUUUUUACAAACAUGCCUUACUAAAAACAUUACUUCUGUGCAUUUUGAGGCAAAACAAAGGGCACUGAUGUAUUUUAAGAUAUGUUAUUUCAAGUUGUUUUCAGUUUGGGCAGCUCUUACAUUUAUUUUAGUCUAGUACUAGUCUAAUCCCUGUCCGGGAAACCGCCCCUAGAUGUUUUUAUUGCACACCUUUUAGAAUAUUUUGCACUUAAACUGAGAAUUUGUUUUUUGGAAUGUAACUAUGCGAUCAAUAAACUGAUCCUAAUGUUGUUUUUGUUUUUUGUCACCUUUAUCUCUUGUAUAUUCAUUUCUACUUUUUAGUUUCUGUUUUUAUUACACUUCUCUAAGAGAAUAUUACAUUUAAAAUAAUUUGUUUUAAGUGUUAGACUAUGAGUUUGGCUAUAUGGUUAGUCAAUAAACUGAUCCUAAUGUUUAACUUUUUCUGAGUCAUCAUUUCAGGUCCACAUAUUUUAUUUAUUAUAAUCCAUUUUACAAGGUCAGUUAAAUAUCAGUAAUACAUAUAAAGCCCAUUCUGUAAAAAUAUGACAAGUUAGACCAAAGUAAUCAUGUGCUUUUAUAUUUGUAUUGAUGGGGGGACCCUAAUACACUUACAAUAAAGUUAAUUAUAAAUAACUUGCGUAAACGAAAUGUAAAAUGCUGUCUAUUGAUCUGUGGAAGGUAUUUGGUUUUAAUGGUGCUCAUCUGUUGAUUUGGUGCAGUUAUGUCACAUUUUUAUAGCUUUUAUGAAAAAGGCUUACACCAUAAUAUAAUAAAAUUUGCUGUUUGCCUUAUAUAAAUAAAAUACAUAUCACUCUC